GUGCCACUUUCAGGUCUCCUCACACUGCUGGUGUGUUCCAUUUUUUGUCAUAGGGUGCUGGCAGAUUACGGGCCUUCCAUUGCUACUGCCAGGCCCGUAAUCUGCCAUGGGCCCCUGUACCGCCUCCUCAUGCUGCUGCCAGGUCCAGAGUGUGUCAUGGGUCCCUGUACGGCCUCCCAUUGCUGCUGUCUCCAUCGCCACACUCUGCCAUGUGCCACUUUCAGGUCUCCUCACACUGCUGUGUGUUCCAUUUUUUGUCAUAGGGUGCUGGCAGAUUACGGGCCCCAUUGCUGCUGCCAGGCCCCUAAUCUGCCAUGGGCCCCUGUACCGCCUCCUCAUGCUGCUGCCAGGUCCACAGUGUCUCAUGGGUCCCUGUACGGCCUCCCAUUGCUGCUGUCUCCAUCGCGACACUCUGCCAUGUGCCACUUUCAGGUCUCCUCACACACUGCUGGUGUGUUCCAUUUUUUG